CUCAGUCUGCGAGCCGAGGCCUGGAGGCGCGCACGGCCCUCCAUCAGCCGCCCCCACUGCCCCCAGUUGGCACGUGCUCUGAACUCAUGGCUCUGAAGCGGCUCUUCGGCACUGCCGAACUGCUCCUCGGGGGCGAAAAGUCGGUUCCGGCGGGGGACGUGCUGCCCCCGGAGGCGGCGGAAUUUGUGCUCGGCGUGUACGUCGUUUGUGCCCAACAGUGCGAGGACUUUAAUUUGGCACUGAAGGAAUUCUUCGCGGCCAGGAAGGAGGAAAAAUCGUCCCGAUUUGAGGUGGUCGUGCUCUCGUUGGAAGAGGACGAGCAGCCCUUCGUGGACAGCGUCCGGGAUUUACCAUGGCCGGCACUGCCCAGAACAGCUUCGCACAAUAAGAUGCGUCUUUUGCGGCGGUUUCGGAUAAAAGGCACCGCUCCCGCCCUGGCCCUGUUGGAAAUGCCCUCCGGUCGACUCAUCACCUCAGCAGGCAGAGACCGACUCCUGCAGCAGCCCGAAAAUUUUCCUUGGCAGUCCAGGUCGCUGAAAGAGGCGCUCAAGGACGUUGAAUUGUCCAGCGGUGAGGACAAGCCAAGAAGGUAUCAAGAUCUCAAGGGCUACAAAGGACUUUAUUUCUCAGCAAAUUGGUGUCCGCCGUGCAAGGCGUUCACCCCGCAGCUAGUCGAGACAUAUCACAAAGUUCGAGAAAAAGGCCACCAGUUUGACGUCAUCUUUGUCAGCUCAGACAGGAGCGACAGCUCGUUCGAGCUGUACAAAUGCAGCAUGCCCUGGAUGGCCGUGCCUUUUGAGCUGAGCGACCUGAGAAAGGAGCUGGCCUCCACCUUUGACGUGCACGGCAUUCCUUCUCUCGUGGUGCUUGACCCUGACGACAGGGUGGUCACGGACGAGGGACGCCAGGAAGUUUGCGAUGACCCACUCGGAAAAGACUUUCCCUGGCCAGACAGACGGAUUUACACCCUGACAGAAAGAACUCUGGUGCGGAUGCAUGACAGGCCAGCCGUAAUUUUCUUCGUCGAAAGUGAAGAGGAACUGCCGUUUGCCGAGAGCGCUUUGCUUCCGGCCGCUCAGAAGUACUGGCACUCGCUGAGGGGAAAUAAAUCCGAUUCGCCAGACGAAGAGGUGGAAAACGAGUUGCAAUUCUUUAUCGGAUGUGAUUCGGACACGACAGACACAGUGCGCGAGUUUGCCGGUUUGGAGGAUUGGGUGCCGCUUUUGGUGGUUUUGGAGGUGUUCAACCAAAGGGCGGCCACCCUCAGCGAAGGGUUGGAAGUGACCGCCGACAGCACAGCCCACUUUGUCAGCCAGUACCUGAGUGGUGAGCUGCAGUGGACGGAGCUGACGUCGCAACAGGACAACCUGCUGGUGAUCGAACAAAGUGCUGAAGGCGCUUCAAAAUAGUCCCUCGAUCAACGCUAGUCUUGAAAAUGCAGUUUUCUGUAUAGGUUUCCUCCACUUUGUUAUUUCCAUCAUUCACUUGCUCAAAACGGUUCGAUUUUGUACUCGGCAGAAAAGGUGGCGUCACAAGAAAGUCUGACAAUUGGCUCAUGUGUUUUGUUCCAAAAUUUAGUUCAUUGAGAGACGGAUUUUUAAAAAGAAAUUUUGUAGUUUCGAAUGUAGCCGAUUGAUAUAUAACUGUGAAAUAUAAUAAUUUAUUGUGUCCAGUUAGCAAAAAAUAAAGAAGUGUAGAAAUUAAUACUUAAUUAAUACGUAACACAUUGCCUGCAUUCUCAGCAAAUAUCCAUGCAUGUGACUUAAAAUCAAUGAUGUACUCUUGAUUCUAUAUGAUUAUUUGGUUGAGAGUCCUCAACGUGAAGAAUGAUAAUCAAACUGUGUAAAGAAGUAGACAACUUUGUUUUCAAAUAAAUGUUUUAAAAUUUGUUCAUGA